UCCUUUCCCCUGCUUUCCUUUCUCCCAAACACCAGAAAAAUGAGUACCAUUUGCGCCGAGCAACACAAGUUCUUUCCUUCACACCAACCCCACAAAAAACCCUUCAAGGAAUUGUUGGAAAUCCCCCCAAGGAAGCUCCUUUUCUCCUCCUCCUCUUCCACCCCCUAUGAAACCAACCUCCUGAAAUUGCUCCCUUCCAACAAUGCCGGUGAUGAGGACGAAUAUGGAUCUGAAUCUGAUUCUGAUCCGUAUUCCACUGAUCAUUUCAGGAUGUAUGAGUUUAAGGUCCGGAGGUGCACUAGGAGCCGGAGUCACGACUGGACUGAUUGCCCAUUUGCCCAUCCGGGGGAGAAGGCCCGUCGCCGUGACCCGCGGCGGUUCCGGUACUCAUCCACUGUUUGCUCUGACUUCCGCCGUGGAAGCGGGUGUCCUCGCGGGGAUGAGUGUGAGUUUGCACACGGGGUGUUCGAGUGUUGGCUUCACCCAACCCGGUAUAGAACAGAGGCGUGUAAGGAUGGGAAAAAUUGCAAGCGGAAGGUUUGCUUCUUUGCUCACUCUCCUCGUGAGCUUCGAAUCCUGCCGGAGGGGCCUUCGCCGAAGUACAAGAACGGCGCCAGUUCCUGCUCUUCUCCGGUGAACAAGAAUCACUGCUGCUUGUUCUGCCACUCUAUCUCGUCUUCUCCCACGAGUACUCUGUUGGGUCUGUCUCAUCUCUCCCGGUCACCGUCUCUUUCACCGCCUUUAUCUCCUGAAAAGCAACCUUCGCUAUCUGGAUAUUCGCCAGUCUCCCGUUACUGCGACCGUCUGAGCAAAUUCGGCUCCGAAGUCGCCACCUACAAGGACGUUCUCAACGAGCUGAUGAGUUCCGUCGAAGCCAUGAAUUUCAAUGAAAUCUCUUCUCCAAGGAGCAGCAGCACCAUGAAUUCCAACAUUCCCUGGCUCGACGUCUGCUUCAAUGGCGAUGAUCAACAACAAUUCCGUCUCUCCCCUGUUCCCAGCCCUUCCGAUCAUUCCGGAGAUUCCUUCACCAGAGGCUUCACCGGCGACCAUGAUAAGCUCAGCGAAAAUGCCCCCGAUAUUGGGUGGGUGAACGAUCUCUUAAUGUAGAAGACGGCCGCGGCAAUGGCAAUGGCAAUGGCAAUGGCGGCGGCACUGUGUAAAUAUAAUCACGCACUGUACCAGUCGCACCGAUGGCAGUGUACAUCUAUUGUUUUCAGAAUAUGAGUCUGUUUAUGUUUAAUUAAUUGUGAUUUACUCAGCUCAAUUUAACUCCAUGUAAGUGUUCGGUGGAAUUUUGAUUUUCAAUCUUAAUUCGCAGAGUUGAGGUGUUGAAUGUAAAAUGUCC